AUGAAAUUUUCAGCUCUCGCCAUUGCCACCUUUUUAGCCAUCCCUGGCGCUCUUGCAGACGAAGUUCCUGCUGGUGCCCUUUUGCUUAAUGUCAAGCGUUCUGAAAUUUCUCUUUCUGAGGAAAGCAAACUGAAACGUCGUGAUGGCAACACUGCCCUUGGAAACGCCAUUGAGGAUAAGAUCAACAACAAAAAGUUUUACUACACCACCACUGUUCAGAUCGGUACACCUGCUCAGGAUGUUGAGCUGUUACUUGACACUGGUUCUUCUGAUACUUGGGUUUUCUCUCCUAACUCCAAGUACACCGGUAAGCAGGGUGGCCCCAAGUCUUUCUUUGAUGAGUCUAAGUCUACCACUUGGAAGGGCAACAACACCAACUUCCACAUCACCUAUGGUAUUGGCCAAGUCACCGGAAAGUGGGGUACUGACAACCUUUCUAUUGGUGGAGCCACAAUCAAUGAUCUUUCCAUUGGUAUCGCUGAUAACACUGACUCUGCUCAGGGUAUUGUUGGUAUUGGCCGUCCUCAAGCUGAGAUCACCUCCAAGGCUGGCAAUAAAUACGCUAACCUUCCUCUCAAGCUUUACGAGAACGGUCACAUUAGCUCUCCUGCUUUCUCUUUGUAUCUUAAUGAUAUUAGCAGCGACAGUGGUUCUAUUCUUUUUGGUGCUGUUGAUCACUCUAAGUACAGUGGUAAGCUUGUUUCUAUGGAUGUUUCCCACCCUGUUCAUUACGGUACUACCCUCAAUAACAUUCGUGCUCAGGGCAUCGCCAACUCUAACAUUCUUAACAAGCCCAUGACUGCCAUUCUUGACUCUGGUACUACCUUGUCUUAUCUCCCCAAUGAUGCUUUGAUUAACUUACACACCAACUUGAACGCUAAUCCUUCGUUCACAAUUAACCAGAGAUAUUACUGUGACUGCAAUAUCACCCAGUACUUGCAGUUCGAUUUCCAAGGUCAGAGUAUCAAGGUCCCUAAUUACCAGUUUUUGUGGCCUAUUGAGCAAUUUGUCAACCCUGUUGUUUCUUCGGUUGCUUUCCCCAGAAAUUCAUGCUUGGUUGGUUUUGAGGCAACUCCCCAAGGUGCCGACUACAUUCUUCUUGGUGACAAUGUCUUGCGUUCUGCUUACAUUGUUUACGAUCCUUCUCACAAUAAGGUAGCUCUUGCCCAAGCCGACUUUUCUAAAACCAAGUCUGAAAUUGAGCUCAUCAAGAAGGACAUUCCUUCCAAAUAA